CAAAAGGACAGAAAAUCUAAAAAGUCAACUUGGAAGUUUUGCCUUGAUUUGACCCAUCCUGUGGAAGAUGGAAUUUUUGAUUCCGGGAAUUUUGAACAGUUCCUAAAGGAGAAGGUUAAGGUCAAUGGAAAAACUGGAAACUUGGGCAACACCGUUCACAUUGAACGUCUGAAGAACAAGAUCACAGUGACAUCCGAGAAACAGUUUUCUAAAAGGUACCUAAAAUACCUCACAAAGAAGUACCUCAAGAAGAACAAUCUGCGUGACUGGCUUCGUGUCGUUGCUUCUGACAAGGAGACGUACGAACUACGCUACUUCCAAAUCAGUCAAGAUGAAGAAGGAUCAGAGUCUGAGGAAUAAUUGAAACUUAGCUUUAUACUCAAUACAGUGUGCAAAAGACGAGAACGUCUAUUUAUAAGAACACUUAACUUAUUGGUGAAUAAAGAUUUUGUACCCUGUUUGACAGAG